GGCGGGGCGGGCUUAGAGGCCGCGGGUCGCGGCGAUCAGCUCAUCCCUCUGCAGAGUGUUCCCCCGCGGUCACCAUGUCCCUGGCGGCUGCGGCGGGCCGGGGCCCGGGGGCCGUGUGGUCCCCAACCCACGUGCAGGUGACGGUGUUGCAGGCGCGGGGCCUGCGGGCCAAGGGUCCCGGGGGCACGAGCGACGCGUACGCCGUGAUCCAGGUGGGCAAGGAGAAGUACGCCACCUCGGUGUCGGAGCGCAGCCUGGGCGCGCCCGUGUGGCGCGAGGAGGCCACCUUCGAGCUGCCGCCGCUGCUGUCCGCCGGGGCCGCGCCCGCGGCCGCCGCCACCCUGCAGCUCACCGUGCUGCACCGCGCGCUGCUCGGCCUCGACAAGUUCCUGGGGCGCGUCGAGGUGGACCUGCGGGAGCUGCACCGGGACCAGGGCCGCAGGAAGACCCAGUGGUACACCUUGAAAUCCAAACCAGGAAAGAAGGAUAAAGAGCGAGGAGAAAUCGAGGUUGACAUCCAAUUUAUGAGAAACAACAUGACUGCUAGCAUGUUUGACCUGUCCGUGAAAGACAAGUCUCGGAAUCCAUUUGGGAAACUGAAGGACAAGAUCAGGGGGAAGAAUAAGGAUAGUGCAUCAGACACCGCUUCAGCCAUCCUCCCCAGCACAUCACCCUCUGUCGACAGCGACGAUGAGUCACCUUCGAAAGACAAGAAAAAGAAGUCAAAGAUCAAGACCUUGUUUUCCAAGUCUAACUUGCAGAAAACACCACUUUCCCAGUCCAUGUCUGUCCUGCCUACUCCAAAGUCAGACAAAGUGCUGCUGCGUCCUGGGGAGUUUCAGUCCCGGUGGGAGGAUGAUGACAACGAGGAUGAGUCCUCCUCUGCCUCAGACAUCAUGUCUCACAAGAGAACAGCAAGCGCAGAUCCCAAGCAACUGAACCAGGUCAACCUCACCCUUCCCAAGAAGGAAGGGCUCUCUUUUCUUGGCGGCCUUCGGUCCAAGAACGACUCGCUCUCCCGCUCUAAUGUCUGUAUCAACGGGAACCAUGUUUAUGUGGAGCAGCCAGAAGGCAAGUCUGAGGCGAAGGACAGCACCUCCUCUUCCCCGUCCCCGCAGGGCUUCAGGAAGAAGCACUUGUUCUCCUCCACGGAAAACCUGUCUCCUCGGUCCUGGAAGGAACCUGGGGACGGGGGUGCCGUGUCUCCUGACAAGUGGCUCUCUGAGCCUUCCACAAAGAACUCUCCGAAAUCCACGACCCUGCCGCCCUCCUGGCCGCCGGUCAGCGGGGACAUUAGGGAAAACACAGCUCCAGCGAAGUUGGAGGCCGUGAAAGAAUCCAAAGAGAGCAAGAAGCAUGAGAACAAGAAGUCCUCUUUGCUGUCUCUGGUGACAGGAAAGAAGGAUGCGGCCAAGGGCAGUGAAGGCGAAAGCCCUGCUUCCACCCCUGGGAAGGAGCAGGAGGGCCCGCUGAGGGAGGACGGGCCGGGGCCUGCUGAGGGUCUUGGGAAGAGAUCUGAGAAGGAUACGAUGGCCGCCUUCUCCGGACGGGGAAAAUCCCUGAACCCCUUUGAAGAAGGGCAGAGCGCAGAACCGGCGGCUGACCCAGAGCCCAAGUCUGAACGGACACCACCUGUUACCUCUGCCAGGGCGCCCCAGACCAAAGCCGUGAAACCUCGACUGGAAGUGUCUCCAGAGGUUCAACCCACAGCCAGGCUUCCUCCUCCCCCUGACUCCCUUCCCUUUUUUCCUGCUCUCCCUUCCAGUCCCGCUCAGACACCUGUCUCUCCUGAGUUGGGGCGUGAGGCAGAGACACAGUCCUCAGAAUCUCCUUCUGUCUUCUCUGCUUUCUCCCCGCCCCUUGCAGCUCCCAUUUCUACAUCCACGCCUAUCACAAGCUGGCCUUCCACCGAGCAGGGCCAGGCUGGUGCUGAGGAACCAUCGGUGCCCCUUGACGCAGAGGUGCAAAAGGAGAGUUUAACACAAGUUCCAAGCGCUGUUUCUUGUGCCCGGGGCUCACUUCCCAAACAGCCACCCACGGUGGUGUGGAAAGGGACGGAGGAGGCUCCAGCGGGGAAGACCAGCGAGACGGACACAGAGAAGGAUACCGGUGGCGAUGACUCAGCACAGUGUGCCCCGAAGGAGGCGGACACAGAGAAGGAUACCAGUGGCGAUGACUCAGCACAGUGUCCCCCGAAGGAGGCGGACACAGAGAAGGAUACCAGUGGCGAUGACUCAGCACAGUGUCCCCCGAAGGAGGCGGACACAGAGAAGGAUACCAGUGGCGAUGACUCAGCACAGUGUCCCCCGAAGGAGGCGGACACAGAGAAGGAUACCAGUGGCGAUGACUCAGCACAGUGUCCCCCGAAGGAGGCGGACACAGAGAAGGAUACCGGUGGCGAUGACUCAGCACAGUGUCCCCCGAAGCAGCCUGAAACGGGGCAGCCAGAAGAACCUCCGAGGUUUCCCCCCAAAAAGCAACAAGACUACCCCCCUUCGUCAGAAGGGGCCCGAGAAGUAACAUUGGCCCUUUCAGCGAGAAGCGGCAGGACGGGAGGCCCGGCUGGGAAGCCUCCAAUGGGGGUAAGGACAGACUUGGAGAGUCGGUCUGGGUUUUUUGAGGAGGACAGAGUGCGGGGUGGGGAAAUGACUGCCACAAUCAAACAGGCGGUACCCCCUCUUCGAAUGGGAGAACCGGUCCUCCCACUUAACUCCGCCGUGCGAAGGCAUGAGGAGAUGGGUCUGAAUGACAGUGAGGGCCCAAGGAAGAUCAAGAAGCACGUGUCAUUUUCUGAGCAGCUGUUUAGGGAAGAGGAGGCGGAGAAGUCCCCUGGGCUGGUCGGAGAGGACGAAAGCCAUCCCCAGGAGCUGGGGCGUGAAGGGGCUGCCGCCGGCGACGUGUGUGACAGAGAGCCUGCUGAGCGUCCCCACGCAGAAGACUCCGAGGGGGAGGCUGUGACUGAGCCCCGGCCGCUGAAUUCCGGUGUGCCAGCUGCCAUGGCCAGUCACCUGCUGCCCCCCUCCCAUGAGGACAGUGACUCAGAAGGCCCAGGGAGUGAAGCCAGCUCGGGGCAAGGCAUGGAGGGAGACGAUACCCUUCUGGCUCAAAAUCAGAGCAAAGCCAGUGAUCACGAAGGCCUGUUGUCUGAUCCCCUGGGUGACCUUCAGUCUGCCUCAGAUGUUAAAUCUCCAGUCACGGCUGAUCUGGACUUAACCCUUCCUUCCAUUCCUGAAGUGACAUCGGACGAUGAAAGAGUGGACGAGGUGGAAGAUGACAGAGAGGCAGCGAAAGUGGCAGCUCUGGGAGGAGGAGCUUCUUCCCCGAGCAGGUCACCUGCCCAUCCUGAGAAGGCGCCGAGUGGCGAGGCAGGUGGGUCGGCAGUGCCCGCAGACAGCCUGCGUGAGCUCAGGUCGGGAGCACCGGGAGCAGCUGUCAGGGCUUCUUCAGAGCACACUACAGCUUCAGGAAUUCUUAAACCAAGUCUCGGCAAGAGCUCACGCUUGGACACCCAGCUGCCAGGCCCUGGCGAUGGCGAGGAGGCAAAAGUGAUGGGAAAUGGGAGGCUAAGGCAGCCUCCUGACCCGGCCCUGGAUUCUCCUCUCUCCAGCCCCUCCUUUUCUGAGCCCUCUCCUGCCACACACUCUUCCCCUAGCUACCCACACUCUGACACUCCCCACACCAGUACAGCAGAAUCUCAAAAAAAAGCAACAGCAGAGGGCCUCCCUGGUAAAGUGGAAAAUUCUGGCAAGAGGAAGCCGCUUCUUCAGGCCUGGGUCUCACCCUCGGAGACACAUCCAGUCUCAGCUGGAACUGGGUCAGCCAAGCACAGACCUCAUCUUGUAAAGCCAAUGAACACGACAGCCACCAAGAUUGCUAACUCCAGCUUGGGAACUGCCACUAUCAUCAGCGAGAACUUGAUCAACGAAGCUAUUAUGAAGAAAUACACUCCCUCGGACCCUGCUUUUGCUUAUGCACAGCUCACCCAUGAUGAGCUGAUCCAGCUGGUCCUCAAACAGAAGGAAACAAUAAACAAGAAGGAGUUCCAGGUUCGCGAGCUGGAGGACUACAUCGACAACCUGCUCGUCAGGGUCAUGGAAGAAACCCCCAACAUCCUCCGCGUUCCGGCUCAGGUCGGCAAGAAGGCAGGGAAGAUGUGAAUGGCCAGCCUCUGACACUGAGACUUUUUUGUGAGUUUCUUUCCACUUCUCCUGAGGUCAAGGACUCCAUGUGCCUAAGGCUCCAAGUCGCCACCUAUCUCCCUUGCAUGUUAUCUGGCAAGAGUCAGUUCUGCCAGUUGAAGCCAGGUUACUUAUUACAAUGAGUCCUUUACUGUACGUUCCCAGGGUUUUAUUUUUAAAUGCCACUGUGCCUUAUGUUGUGAAUAUUUUAUGCCUUGAAAAACAUGGUCAUAAGAUCUGAUCCUGGCCCAGAGAGUCAAGUGGCUCCAGGGGUAUUAAUGUAUUUUAACACCGGGGUUUCCUUUCUUUGAUACUGAGAUUCUAAAAUACGUAUCCCCCAGCCAUUAACGCUUGGGGUGAAAUGAGAAGGUGCUGCGUUACACAUACUUUCUUGGCUUUUGAGUAGCUCAGGUGUGUCUGUUCGGCUGCAGAGGUUAAAUUUUGAUACCACAUCAACCUCCUGCGCUUCUUAGACGUGGUCCGCUUUGACCAGAGCAGAGGAGCUUAGGGAAACCCCUGAGUGUGCCUUUCGGAUUUGUAACAAGUUGCCUUUUUUUUAACACACUUCCGUUACUCUCUAGCCUUAAAAUGUGCUCUUGAGAAGUAGAACAGGGGACUGGGAGAGUCACUUGGCACUCACUCAGGGGGAGCUGGUGCAAGUCCCUCCUCCCAUAAUAGCAGGGUUCCUGCUGGCUGGAUUGGCCUAGUCAGGGCCUUGUAAGGGAGUGGGUGACCCAGGCUUCCUAAAACAGUUCCUCCAGGUAUGGGAUGGUUUUAGUAGGAUUCCUGUGGCCUUUCCUCCUGUGCCUCAGCUCCCUGCUUUCCCUGGCCAUUCUUCCUGGCAUUUGCCCCGUUGUUAUAAAAUGGUAAAGAGCAAGAAAAUGAUACUUAUUUUGGAGUUGCUUAUUUUUAAAACUAGAUUAACACACAUAUUUUUAAACAUUAGGACACUUGGCUGGUAUUAUUAAUCUUUUUCUGUUGUUGUUGUUAAUCCUCACCUGAGGAUAUUUUUCCAUUGAUUUUUUUUUUUUAGACCGAGAGUGGAAGGGGGUGGGAGAGAGAGAGGGAAAAGGGGAAGGGGAGGAGAGAGAGAGAGAGAGAGAGAGAGAGAGAGAGAGAGAGAGAGAGAGAGAGAGAAGAGAAACAUCGAUGUGAGAGAGAUACAUGGAUUGGUUGCCUCCUGCACACACCCCGACCAGGGCAGGGAAACCUGCAACUGAGGUACGUGCCCUUGACUGGAAUCGAACCUGGGACCCUUCAGUCUUCAGGCUGUUGCUCUAGCCACUGAGCCAAACCAGCUAGGGCUCUUAAUCUUAAUGAAUAGUAUCAGUUCAAAUUCUUCCGGUAAUAUCACUGUUAGUAACCUAAUACUGCAAUUAGAAUGUUUCGUAUUACUCAUAUUUUCCUCCUGGUUGUGACGGAAUCUCACCAAUCUUGAUCUCUCUCCUGGGGGAGGAGUAUCACCGGCCAGUGGGGUGGGCAGGGAUGGCAGUUCUAGCCGGUAUUAAAUUGGGAAUCUCUUCUUCGCAUGUUCUUGUUAUAUUGAGGUUAAGAGGCAAGAUUGCUGGCAGCAGAAUUCCUUUCGGAAUCAUGUCUGCUGCAACCUUAGUUAUAUUGGAGCACUUUAAUCUGAAGGAUGAUACUGUAACUUGAUUUAUCUGAUUAGUUUUUAACUACCUAUAGCUAUUGUAUUUAAUACUCUCCUACAGUACUGGGGACCACUGUAAACUUCUCAGAUGCCUUGUAUUUUUGUAGUGCUAUGACAUUUAUGUACAUACCUACAAAGAGAACUGUAUAUCCACUUAACUCUGAAAAUGUACAUGUAUAUAUUUGUUCCACGACAUGUUUUUUACUUGAUAUAAAUGUGUUUUGACUGUGAUAACCCAAGUGCCUCGGGGGGCAGGUGAGUUCUGAAUGGUUUCUCUUCUGAAGGGCUGGUGUGGAGACCUGCACUGUUCAGGAGGGGUUGGUUUGGAGGUUGCUGCAAGGACCUUGGUAUGUAUCUUGGUCGGUGUUUGAGAGGGGCACUGGGUGGAGGAGUGAAUUCCUGUGCUCUGAUAUGCCACUUGGGAACUCUGGAGAAUGAAGGACAAUUUACUUCAAGGGUGUCUGGUUUCUACCACUGCUGGGGGAAAAAUUCAAUUGUUAGCAUUCCUGUCCCUCUCCAAAGUAGAUAGCCUGAAGGUCACUCUUUAAUGACUGUCCUUGAGGACUCUACUUGGAGGGAGAAUUUAUCUAAGAAAAGCUUUAACCUGCUCUGAGCCAUAGCAGGGCAGUGGUGAGUUGGAGCGCUGGACUCCGAUACCUGGCACAUGUCUGAAGGCCUGUGCCCAUCUCUACAGGACUGGGACCUGCCUCUAGCUGCUGUGAAUGCUACCCUACCUGACAGGCCCCGGGAGGAGGCUGUACUCUGGAGCAGCAGGGGCAGCUGCCUUCUUGGCCUUGCCUAGUUGCCUCCGGAAAGAACAGUCAGUACUUUAGGGAAGCAUCUGAUUAAAAGCAAACACCUUGCAAUGAAUUUCAGCUGGAGGUCAACUCCAUGAAUAAGAUGUCAACUCUUUGCUUGGUUGUUUCAUAUCAUCUCAUUCCUUGGACUUUGACAGGUGUCCUGCCCUUCCCUUUUAUCCCUGCGUGUUAACCUCAUCAGGGUAGCAGACUGGAGAAGCAAGAAAGUGUGCCCUUUGCCAUGUGGAACAGCUGUUGACCCGAGUGGAAGGGUGUGUGCACAUAUGCAUGAACCAAUGCGAUACAUGUGUGUGGUUCCAGCUUUGCUAACAGCGGGAGCUCAAAAGGGCAUCAAGGGAGGAAGGUCCAUGACACUCAGCCACAUACUGUAUUGAAGGCCAGAGGCUAUUUAAUGUUAAAUUGUGCAGGAUCUUUCCUCACUGGGUCCCUCUCCCAGUUGACUCUUUUUUCUUUUUUUAGAACUACAAAUAAAUAAUCGCUCAAGGCUGAAAGAUUAAUUGUCUUAGGUGGAGAACAUAAUCUCCUAGUAUCCAUGCCAACCUCAACCCUGCGGUUUCUCGGUAUCUGUUAUGUGAGCUACAAACCUGACCUCUUCCUCCCUCCGACUCUUGAAGGAUCGUCCAGUGUUUUUGGAUUAUAGAGUUAUUUCCUGCUUUGUUACUUUGGGAAUUUUGAAUCUUCUGAUUUUGUUUGUAAGAAGUAACCUAAAAUGUCCUACAACACUAAAUAAAAUGGUACUACCUGUUAAA